AUGCAGAGCUUCCCACGAAGACGCAAGGUUUCUUCCUGUAUCCCAUGCUACACCCGAAAACAAAAGUGUAAUCGCCAAUAUCCAUGCAAUCAUUGCACUCGACGUCGGCGACCAGAAGGCUGUGCCUAUUAUCCAUCGGAGGCCACACAACAUGGCAGCCCGACGCUGCAGACGGCCAAUCGCCAUGAGGAUACAGAGCAAAGUGGGUCUCGCCAGUCGAACGACAGUCUUGGGACUGAGCUAUCAGACAAUAUGUCUCAGCUGAGAGAAAUUGGAAACCCAACAAUCUCGUCGAUCGCGGAAAUAUUUGGCUAUUCAGAAGAUAGUAAAUCCAACACCAUGGGCCUUAUACAGAGAUUACGGCUACGCGAACAAGAAGAGCAAAAUUGGAAAUGCCGACUUUUGCCACAUGAAGUUUCCGCUCAGGUUCAACAGAGCCUGCGGAGGAUGCCGGACCGCCCCAUCCUGGAUUUCCUGGUGAGGUUCUUUGUGGCUGAGGUGAAUUGGAUAAACCAGCUCGUUCAUCCGCCCUGGUUUCUUGAGCAAUACCAACUCUGGUGGGCUAUGAAAAGUCCAUCAUCCGAAUUUGAGAUCGAGUUGGCUGUUCUUAUUCUAAGAGUCUGUUCCUAUGCGUCCCAGUUCCUGCCAUCCCCAUCUUAUACCAUCGAAAGUAUUUGGGGUAUGCUCCUGUCAGAUAUUCAGAACACAUGCGACGACAUUGCUGGCCAUCUAGCAGAGAUUUGCACUAGCCUAAACCCAAGGGGCUCGCUGCUCCGCGUGCAGCACCUAGCUUUUGCCGGAUUUAAGUCGCAUUGUGAAGGGGGGGGGAAAUGCUUUCAGUGA